AUGGAUUAUAGUUCACAGACAAUAGCAUCAGACGAUAGUACCAACAUCAGUAAACCAAUGAAACCGUUCAAUACUCGAGAAGUUAAAGAUUUAUUAGAACAUAUUGUUCAAGAGACAAUGGAUAAACAACAAAUAUAUGAACCGGAAAAAUGUACUCAAUUAUCAAAAGAUUUAUCACAAAUUGUUAAAAAUGCUAUGAAAUCAUUGAAUUAUGAACGAUAUAAAUAUGUUACACAAGUUGUUAUUGGCGAAUGUAAAGAUGAAAAUAUGAUGAUGACAUGUAGAUGUUUGUGGGAUUUAGAAACAGAUAAUUAUGCAUCUUAUGUCUACAGUAAUUCGGAUGUUUUUUGUGCUGUCACAGUUUUUGGCUUAUUUUAUUAUUAA